CUCCGCCUUCUGCUUUUUUUUGACACCAAGCAAGCAAGCAAGCAAGCAAGAUGAUGCGUCUGGGCGUGCGGCGGGUGGCUUCCUCAGUGCUUGCGAUGCGGUAUGGGGCAUCGGCGAGCAUGCCGCUGGCACGGCGCUUUGCUACAUCCGACAGCUCUUCGUCAGACAACACAGCCGUGCAGAAACAACAGACUGUGCCCCAGUUUGACGUGCAGACAGCCACAAACAACACACAGGCGACGGUGGGCCCGUUCCUGACAGGGACACCCGUGGAGCAGCUGAAGGAGCGUCGUGUUCGCAUCACCGUUCCCACACGCAACGUCAUGCAGUCUGGUGAGGCCAAGAUGAACAGAUGGGUCAUCACAUGGGACACAAAGGAGCGCUGGCAGAACCCGCUCAUGGGAUGGGCAUCCACUGCGGAUCCGCUCUCCAACGUCGAUGUCAAGUUUGACUCCAAGGAGGACGCCAUCGCGUUUUGCGAGCGCAACGGCUGGACCUAUUACGUGCAUGAGCCGUCCCGCCGCCGCCGCAUGAAGAAGAACUAUGGCAACAACUUCUCCUGGGACAAGCGCACACGCAAGAACACCAAGUAAACCGUGGUGUCCCAUCAAGCCAGCAUCUCUUUGUUGGCCUGAAGUGCGUGCGCGCGUGUUUAUGUGUUAUCCUGUCGCCGUGUCGAGUCGCAGGCGCUUCAAUGGACGUGUGUGUGUGUGUCGGUUGUACUCAGCAGCCUGCCACUAGCUAGCUGGCAGCGUUGAGCUUGUGGGGACAGCGUGAAACUGCAGUAAAAAGUGGUUGUGGUGCAAUUUCAUUGCAGGUUUGUAUUAUGGGUCGUAUGUACAAGUCCA